ACAAGUUGCAAUUAACAAUACCAAUAAUCAAUAUUAUACAAUAACACAGCACACAAAAAUAAUAAAUACAUAUGAGAAACUAAAUGAAGACUAAAAAGACUAAAAAGACUAUAAGACAAGCGAUCAUAGAUUAGUUAACACUUGGUUAGCAUUUUUACAGUAAAUGUCACAGUUUGUAAAGUGUUUAGAUGAGUGGUGUGAAUAAAUGUAGUGUGAAAAUGUGCAUAUAGAGUUGCAAACAAACCAGAACUAGUGUGCAACUUCCUUAAAAUAGGGCGGGGCAAAAAAGUAGAUGCCACUCCACCUAAUGUUGACACACAGUCCUUUUGAACCUAAAACUUACUUUCUGCAUAUAGGGAAGCUUCUGUCAAAGCUUGUCCCACACAGCACUGGAUGAGAUUAAUAAUGCAGCAGACUCUCUUGGCAAGCAAACCGGUUGAAGUCCCCGAGGUAACCGUUAUCUCAGGGCCCAUAUUUGUCAGCUAAAAAUUAUAAGAAGUUGUAAGAGGAAGUUGUUCACUCAGUUAGGUCACUUUAAAAACAAGCUCCUGAGUCACCGGCAGAGCUGUUAUUUUGAGGAACUUUGACCAGCGUGUGAGACUCUGCUAUAAAGCGACAUGUGAUUGUUUUGUUGUUUUGUCGUUUUUUCCUCUGCGGUAUGGAAGAGCCAGGUGUGACAGCUAAUGUCACUGGAACAAGUUUGACAGAGGAAAGAUUUUGUGGAGACAUUUGCUCCCCCAAAUGCCAAGUUCUUGUGCACUGCUCAUUGGAGAGAGUUACUUAGUUUCUAAGACAUCCUGCUUCUUUCUGAGUGUUACAUAUGGACUCUUUGACUGUACCAUCUCUGUCUCCCUCAACGGUAUCUCAGCUCAGUGUGGAUGAGAUGAAGUUACUUGCUAAACUUGAGGAACAGAACAGACUGCUAGAGACUGACACUAAGUCUCUGUACUCUGUAAAUGGGGUCCUGCAAAGUCCCACCUCACCCAAAACCUUCUCUUUUGAGGAUGACUUAUGGGAUAAUCUCAUUAAAGAAUGGGAUGACUGGCGCAAGAGAAAAGUUGGACAGAUCAAGGUGCUGAUCAGGAGGGGUGUCCCUGCUCACCUGCGGCCUGUUGUGUGGCAGCUGUUAUGUGACGCUCAGAAUGUGGCUGUGCGGCAGAAGUACACAGAUUUGCUGAAGAGCUCGUCUCUCUCUGAGUCGCUGAUACUCAGAGACCUGAAACGUAUCCUCCCUCAACACCAGCUCUUUCUCAACAAAGUUGCUACCUACCAGAAACCACUGUUUAAUGUGCUGAAGGCUUACUCAGUCUUAGACCGAGAGAUUGGCUAUUGCCAGGGAAGUGUGUUUAUUGUAGGCCUGUUGCUAACGCAGAUGGCAGAAGAGGAGGCCUUCUACAUUUUUGUGAGGCUAAUGAAGGACUUCAGAAUGAGAGAUCUGUAUAGAUCCAAUAUGGUUGAACUCAGCUGCUGUAUUUACCAGUUUGAGGCUUUGAUUAAGGAUCAACUUCCUGAGCUUCAUUCCCACUUCCAGACUCAGGGUUUCCACACCUCUAUGUUCUCCUCCUCUUGGUUUCUCAACAUCCUUCUGUCAUCUUUGCCGCUCAGAGUUGCCAGUAGGAUUUUUGAUAUCUUCAUGUGUGAGGGUUUGGAGAUCGUGUUCCGGGUUGGUUUGGCUAUACUGCGUAUGAAGCAGACAGAACUCAUCAAGCAUGAUGCAGAAGGAAUGAUGAACUGCUUGCAGAAUCUAGAAUCAUGGGAUUUAGAUCCUGAUGAAUUGAUCGAAGCAGCAUAUCAAAUAAAAUACAACCCCAGCAGAAUGAAAGAAUUGAGACAAGAGUAUGCAUCUAUCAAGACAAAAGAGCUGGAGGAGCAGGAAGAACUAAAUGGACUUUUCUCAGAGAACAAACAUUUAAAGCAGAGGCUUGCCUUACUGGAGAAGAGGUGCUCAGAAAAACUGGUGUCACAGCUGAAGAAAGAGCUGGAGAAAACUUUGCAAAACACGGCCAGGUCACAAAGUGCUUUAAAAGAGAUGCAGGCAAACAUCUUGCAGAUAGAAGAGACGGAGCUGAUCAGCUGUAGAAUGCAGGAAGCAGAGGCACUUACUGAACUCAAAGUGCUAAAACAACGCAUUAAAGACCUAGAGGAGAAAUGGCAGAGGCAACAGGUGCAUUGUAGUGGUCAGCAGAAAAUCAGCAUUACACAGAAUGAACUGCAGGUGGAGCUGUUGAGCACAAGACUGAAGGAAACACUCACUCAAGCCGCGCUUAAAGAGGGCCGCCACAGACUGAUGAAGCUGCAGACAGAGAACAAAAUAUACAGUAACCAGCUAAAUCGAAUUGAAGCGCAUGUAAAAAGCCAGCGAGAUCAUCUACAGGAGCUGACAUCACAGAACCAAGAUCUGUGCAGCCAAUUACAACAGAGCAGACAGCAGUUUUCAACUGUUCAAUACAAGCAAAAGGAAAAGCAGGACAAAGAAGCAGCGAACAUGACCAUCAUCACAGUUCUUCAAAAGCAGAUCACAGAAUUACAAAUUCAAAUUCAGGGCCUCUCCAAACAUACUACGUCAUUUUCUCAACCCGCACUAAGGCCUUCCACAUCCGCCUCUCUGAAGCACCAUGACACCUAAAAAUGGACAGCAGCCCUAACGUCCCGUCAUCCUGUCUCCAGAAGCACGCCAUCCGGUGAGACGCUGAAGAUGUUCUAUUAAGAGCGCUACCCACAGCUGAAGUGUCCACUAUGAGAGAGUCUUCACAGCCCCAGCUGUUAAACAUGCUGCAACACUUUAAGUGUCAUGAGUGCAGACACUCUGUGACAGUUUUGCCAUUAACACUUGAAAGUGACAGCAAGAUUUCUCAUUCUUACCAGAAAAAAAGGAUGUUAAAUGUCUUAGAUCUAACAUCAAGUGAACAUCAGACAGCACUUGUUAGUACUGUCACAUUGUAAAAGAGUUUUUAGUCAUAGUCAGCCAUAAAUAUUUCUGUUGUUUUAAAUGCAUAGGAAUUUUGUAAACUUUAUGUCAGUAUGUCAGUAAUAUUAUUAAUAGUAUGGUUAUUUAAUUAUUUUAAUCUGGUUUUUCUUUAUUAUUCUUUUUUAUUUUAUUAUAUUUUCUUUAUAUGUAUAAAACUCAAUCUUUAUGUCUCAAACCUACAAAUAUAAAUAAAACAUUCCAAAAUUUUAA